AUUAUGAUUAUAUUUCGUUCGUUUCAUUCUUCAGAUAUAACAUUUACCAGGUAGUCCUUUAAACCUACAGGCGACUUUUGCACUAUAUUAAGAGACAGUCAUUUGACUAUUGAACUGAUUUUUAGUUCGUUCAUUCGUUCCCCUACCCUUCCCGUUCGUUCCACCAUCAUAGCUGCUCAUUCUUUUUUCGUGCACGGCGACGAGCGCACGCGCCCUUUAGCUCCUCGGCUACGACAUUAUUACCUACAAAAAUGUCGAAGCGCACAGCUAAAGACAAGUUAAAAUAUUACCGUGAAAAAAUUAAACGUCUUGAAGAUCAUAAAAGACGAUACAGGAUCAUUUAUGAUUCGUCUUCAUCGGAAGAUGAAGAUGUUGUAAUGGAACAAAAUCCAGAUGGUUCCGUGCCGGCUCAUGAUCCUAUUAUACAGGAACCACAGCUAAACAUCGAAAAUCCCGUACUGGAACAUAAUAGUGAUGUACCGAUACCGGACCAUAAUAACGAGAUUCCUGCACCUGAAAAUCAGGCAGAUUUACUCAUGUCGUCAGCUCAACCCGAGCUCGACCCGGACAUGCUGCUGGCUCUCGGGGAAUCGACCGAGGAUAACCCCGAGUAUGGCGAAAAAAUCCACGAUAAUUUAUCGAAACUUUGGUUACCGUUACUCAAAAAAGGUAUGACAAAUGAAGCCAAAGAUAAAAUCCGAAAAGACUAUUUGGUUCCCGACAAUUGUCGAUUGCUACAAGCACCAAAAUUAAACGUGAAGAUUUCAGCAGCCGUACCCGAUAUGGUCCGGAAUCGAGAUAAAAACCUGGCUGCAGCGCAGCAACAACUCGGCCACGGGAUCGCUGCCGUCAACAGGGCCAUGGAUAUUCUAAUUAAAUGUGUAGAUUCCAACGGAAUCGAAGCUAUGAAACACCUCAGCAACGGCUGCCGUAUUCUGUGUGACCUUCAUGCGUCAUCUACUCAAAGCCGCAUAAAACUCAUCACACCUAGUCUCGAUAAGACGUUCUUGCAAGUUAUUCAAGACACAGAACGUGAUGAUACCCUGUUUAGUAAUAAAUUGUCCGAGAAAAUCAAGGCAGCGAAGACCAUUGAAAAACAAGGUCUCCAAAUCAAGAAAACGUCCCCAAAGAAACCCGCGCCUACUCAGCCGUCGACAAGUCGAGCGUCGUACUCGGGAAACUGGUCAGCGCCCCCUCGUUACGCGUCGAACAGGGGGGGGCGGAGAGGUGCUCGCAGGCAGACGAAUUACACCCGUCGGACGUUUCCAGCAGGGACUGCCAUCCCCUACACAAGGGGCUUACCCUGGGGGUCGCGAAGCUCUGCAACAGUCCUUCAGUCGAAGAGGCUCCCCACCAGAGGCUAUAACACUGAUGUUGGCAUCACUCUCUGA